AUGGGAGGAACCAGGCACCCAGAACUCCAUGACCUGACUCGCCACAUAUGGGAAUGGUGCAUGGAAAGAGGCUUAUGGAUCUUCGCAGAGUACGUAGCCUCUAAAGAUAACUUGGCAGACGAGGGAUCAAGGCUUUCAAACAUCGACACGGAAUGGAAAUUGGCAGACUACGCUUUCGAAGAUAUACUGGCACGAUUUGGAACGCCCUCCAUUGACCUCUUUGCAUCAAGGGCAAAUACCAAGUGCAGCAGGUAUUGUGCUUGGGACAAAGAUCCGGAGGCUGUCGCAGUCAACGCACUCACCAUACCCUGGACCAAGGAGUUCUGGUACGCCUUUCCCCCAUUCGCGUUGUUGUCGAGGAUUUUAAAAAAUGUACGAGAGGAGGCAACCACCGGUAUCUUGAUGCCUGAUCCACCCGCUGGCCCACAGCCUUACUCUGGCUGCAGGAGUCUUAUCAGGCAAGCGUACCGAAGACAGGGACUAACAAAGGAUACGUUGGACAAACUGGCGGCCUCACUGGCGGACAACUCAAUCAGACAAUACAACUCGGCCUUGAGGUACUGGUGGGACUUUUGCCAGGAACAUAAUUACGACCCACUGACAGCCAGCGAGGCAAUCGUAGUCUCAUGCCUCACACGAAGACACAAGGAAGGUGCAGCCUACGGAUCUGUCAAUACGCUGCGCUCUGCCAUCGCCUUGAUCAACGGGAUCGACACCUCGAAAUCAGCGCUCAUCAACAGGUUCUUCAAGGGGAUCUUCAGGCUGCGCCCAACAGAGUCAAAGUACGCCGUGACUUGGGAUGUUGGGCUGGUGCUAGACUUGUUGGAAACAUGGGGACCGAACAAGGAGUUGGACUUGAAGAAACUAACCCUAAAGUGCUGCAUUUUACUGGCACUAGGAACAGCUUUUCGGAUACAAUCGCUCCAGCUCAUCAAACUCGAAAGCAUAAAGUUUACGAAGCACGGCAUAGUCAUCACAAUCAAGGACCUAAUCAAAACAUCUAAGGCUAGCGGUAACCGCCCGCAAGCAACCAUCCCAAACUUUCACAAGCCCACACUAUGCGUGGCUAGAACAGUUACGGACUACGUAUCCAGAACGCAGACCAUCUGCGGGGAAGACCAACAGCUGUUAAUCUCAUGGAAUCCCCCACAUAACGCAGUGGGCACACAAACCAUCAGUCGAUGGAUUCGAGAGAUUUUAUCUGAAACAGGCAUACAAAAGGAGUUCACAGCACACUCUACCAGACACUCCUCCACAUCCAAGGCAAAGGCCCAAGGCCUGGACAUUAGCAUCAUCAAGAACGCAGCAGGCUGGUCCGAAGCCUCCAAAGUGUUCAACAAAUUCUACAACAAGCCUAUCGUCGAUCAAGUCAACAACUUUGCACUAAGCAUACUGAAUGCUCAAAAACAAACUCAAAUGUCCUGGAGAAAAUCGUUGGAUAACUUGUCAGAAAGACAAAAAAUACGACGAAUCGGCAAAGAUGUUCAAAACGACAUAGAUCAGCUGCUUAGCGAUUCCGAAGAUGAUGCGGUGAUUCCUUUACCUGCUAACCGUGCCAUAAAAGUUCCACACUCUUUAGAAGAAGUAAGGGUUGCACAAGAAGUCAGCGAGGUUCCUAAAUAA